CCGGCCCGCGCUCGGCGGGGGAAGGCGGAAGUGUGCGGUGAUUUCUCGGAGGAGUCGCGGCCUCCUGGAUCGGGGAUCUUUGCAUCUGCUCGCUAUGGCAGCCGAGGUCGGAGGCAUUUCUUCUGCAGCCCCGUCGCUGGUGGACCGAUACUUCACCCGCUGGUACAAAGCCGAUGUGAAGGGAAAGCCGUGUGAAGAUCAUUGUAUAUUGCAACAUUCUAACAGAAUUUGUGUAAUCACAUUGGCAGAAUCUCAUCCACUUCUUCAAAAUGGAAAAACAAUUAAAAGUAUCAACUACCAAAUCAGUGCCAACUGUAGCAGACUUCAGAACAAGGUUUCUGGGAAGUUUAAACGGGGAGCACAAUUUCUAACAGAGCUUGCACCUCUUUGUAGAAUAUCCUGUUCAGAUGGAGAAGAAUAUACUGUGUCAAGCUGUGUGAGAGGACGGUUAAUGGAAGUAAAUGAAAAUAUCCUAGAUAAACCAUCCAUUUUGCAGGAAAAGCCAUCCACUGAGGGAUAUAUUGCUGUUGUGCUACCCAAAUUUGAAGAAAGCAAGAGCAUUACUGAGGGAUUAUUGACACAAAAAGAAUAUGAAGAAAUCGUGGUGAAAAGAGUUAAUAACAGACCAGAAACAUCAUGAAGACAAUGAAAUAACUCUCCCCCUUCCUCCUCAAAAUCUACACAUGUUAAAGGACUAAGUAAUAUAGAAGAGCAUAUGACUGAAUAAUAAAGUAGUGGUAGAAAAAUCCUCUCCAUACUGUGGGAUGGCUCUGCUUCAGUACCUGGCCACUUCAGUACGAUGAUCUUUGGUCAAUCCAUCUUGAUUUAUUCUGCUUGUGUCAUUUUCCCCUUCCUCUUAGAUCAGCUCUGUCCAAGAAUGCUCAGUUUCUCUCUAGUUCUUUUUACUUGUUCAAACACAACAUGAAACAUUUUGGAAGCUGCAAACACGGUUUCCCAAAUACUGUUUUUAUUUUUGGUUCACUUUGGUGAAACAAACAAAAAGACACCCUUCAGGCUGCUUCCUUCACCAGUUUCACUAGAACUUUUAGACAGGGAAGAUAUUUUGCUCAAGGAUACUUCUUGACUGCCUGAUCUGGAAGAGCAAAGAUUGGGAAUGAAAGGAGAUAGAAAUUAAAUUGUUUUAUCUUUAUUUACUUAUUUUUUUGACUAGACCUAUUAUUUUAUCAAUGUGGGAAGCUCUUGGUGAGAAUCUCCCUUUUCCAUUGCAGAUAGCCACAUGUUCUUUAGUAAAGAAAGUAAAGUAAAGGGCCCAAGAAGCUGUUGGAGUAUUCUGAGAUUAGGGAAAUACCUAGGGUAAAAUUAUCUUGUCAAAGGCAGGACUUGAAGCCAGGUCAUUCUGCCUCUAAGGCCAACUCUCAUCAUGCUGUUUCCCUUGUCAUCUGAUCUUCAUUAAAGCUUAUUGUUGUUCCCUUG